CUUAAAGUUUUCGGUUGGUCUUUUUGCGCCACUCCAUACGAGUUCCAUAGUUAGUUCUAUGCAUUUUCUGUUUGGGCAGUCAGUGGAUAUUUUUCGCAUCACUUUCUUUCGGCAGUCUUAUCUAAAGGAUACAUACAAAUUUGAUUUUGCGCAACCAAAGCUUAUCUAUCGCUCAGCUGCAACUCAGUGGAAUGCUGCCGCAUUUAUUCUUGUUGAUCUGUGCGUUAUGCCUUGCUGGCAAAGUGGUUCGAGCUGAAAUUGAAAAAAAUACCAUCAACGAGGACGGGUCAUACUCGUUUCGACACUCCAACGAUGACAUUGGUAGCUACUAUCACAGCGCCUCAGCGGGUCCAGACAACAUAGUGCGAGGUCGUUAUGGUUCGCGGAAUCCUGCUAGUGGACAAGUGGAAGAAGUUGUCUAUACGGCGGGGCCACGAGGCUUCCGGGUUAAUGGACCGAAAAUUCACCGCAAAAUGGAUUUGGCGCAAUAUCCCGUAUAUCCACGAGGCAGUCCGGACGACCCUUUGGCUGAUCCUUACGACGAUCCUUCGUAUAGUUUCAGCUUCCGUUCAGGGGACCAAUCCCGCACUGAGAAUAGUGAUUCCAGUGGUCGAGUGAGAGGACUUUAUUCAUUCUUAGAUGAUGUUGGCGAACGUCACAGCGUUCGGUAUGCAGCGGGUGCGGGAACCGGGUUCGAGGUCUUUAAUUCUAUACCAGACAAUCCGGCGAGUGUGGCAUAUGCGGCUCCACUUUAUAAGGCUCAUCCAAAGACGCGCGGCAAGAUGACCACCCAACGUGGGCCUGAUGGUACUUAUAAAUUAAUUGCCGCCGGUCCUGACCACCGUCGUGCAGAAAGCCGAAGCUCAGAUGGCGUUGUGAGAGGCACUUACUCCUAUUUAGAUGAUUCGGGUGUGCAGCGCACUGUGGAGUAUAUCGCCGGUCCUGGCAUUGGGUACAGAAUAGUGAAGAACAGAAUGGGACCCGGAUCGCAUAUAAAUCCCUCUAUAGCUGAAUUUCGAUUGAGCGAUACGGAUUUUAAACUGGCGAGUGAUUUUGGCCGGGGGGCUGGUGGAAGUGAGUUAAGCAGAGGCGGAGGAGACGGUAGUCGGAGUAAAGACGUUGAUAACAUCAACACUUUUGGAAACUCGGGAAAAGUUCGUACAUCUAAUGAAAAUGAAUCGAAUGAUAAUAACUCGGAUGAUAGGAUCUCAGUACCCAAGAGUGGCGGUGUUAAUAGAGGAAAAAGUGAUCGGAUGGGUUCCGCAAGUAGCAAUCGCGGGACAACUCGCUAUGGGUCGGGCAAUGAGGGAAAUAGAGGAGGCUUGUUGGAUGGCGGGUAUGAUUACAGUUCGCCCCGAAACCGAGGAAAGCCAGACAGUAAUCGAAACAAUAAUCGCAAUGUAAUCCCAUCCGAUGACCGCAGUGGCAUCCGCAGUCGAGAACCAAACUAUUCGCCAUCACGCGGUUCCUCCAAAUCCAGCAUCCCAAUGGGGAGCAGUCGUAGUGGCGGCUCUGGUGGUGAUGGUAGUGCUUACAACUACGAUUCAACGUCAUUAUCGGAUUCACUAGAUUUCAGUGAUGAUGACCUUGGAUCGUUGCCACCAUUAAUAACAAGCAACCACAAGAUACUGCAAUUGAAUCGCGAUAGAGAUUGGUUGCAUCGACACCGCGACUCCACGGUUAUAAAAAAUGUUGGAAAAUGGUAUAUCGGACUUCCGCCGGGACACAGCGUGCGUGCGCAUGUGCAGAAUAUAGAUUUGCUUCCGCUUGGUGGACGACGGGUGCCGUCUCCAUCAGAGGCAUUGCGCCAGGAUGAAAUUGCAGAUAUGAUGACAUCAAUGGAGAAUAAUGCAUCGACGUACAAUAGCUAGGGCAAAAGAAAUAAAGACAAUAAUUUCGAAAAACAUAUAUGUAUGUAUGUACAUAUGCGCAAUAAUGGCAAAAAUUAUG